UAAAAGACGCUUUUCACAGCUAGAGGCGCGUCGUAAAAACGAAGGGCUAAUAUCUUUUUUAAUUGUCAAAUUCAUACAUAUGCUGCUCGACAAACACACGGAUAUUACAGGAGUCCUGAGUGGAAGAGAUCUCAGUUUUGUUGUAGAUUUGUAGCUCAUGGCUGUGUAUUUUGAUCAUCGUGUGGAGGCUUCUGACAGCAGUGGAGUGCCGGUCCUCAUCUCAUGGCAUUCCAGUGUGUGUGUGCUGGCCGUGGGGUCUGUGAACCCCUCAACCGGGGGCUGUGUGGAUCUUUACUUGCAGCAGGGUGAACAUGUUGAGCUGUGUCAUGUGGAACGUGGAUUCAGCCCCUCGCUUCUGCGGUGGCACCCGACUAAACCCCUGCUAGCGGUGGGGUGGGAGACUGGCGAGACCAUCCUCCUCUCACACCCGUCUGGAGAACACACACCCCUGCCCAACAGCACACACACCGCCUGCAUCACAGUGCUGGAGUGGAGCAGUAACGGCAGCAGACUGAUCACGGGAGAUCAGGCUGGUGUGAUGGCGGUGUGGAAGGUGGACGCUCGAGGGAAACUGCAGGGAUCUCCUCUGAAUAAACAUGACUACAGUAGACCGCUGACCUGCUGCAUCUUCAGACCUCCACCGCCUGCUGAGGAUGUAGCGAUGCUGGCGCGUGCUGCUGUUAGCGGAGAUGAAAAUGCUCUGGACAUGUUUAACUGGAAGAAGAGCACUAAAGGAGCAGGCUUUGCUCUAGGAUCACAGGAAGGACUGGCCUUUUACAUCAGCACAGCAGAUGGGAGUGUGUACAGUGUGGAUGAGCAGGUGAAGAGUGUGCCUUUGCUGUCGGUUGAGAGCGCCAUACAGAAGAUGUGGUACUCCAAAAGAAGAUCCGCUCUCGCUGUGGUUACAGACUCACUGCAGCUUUCACAGUUCAGUCUCGGACCAGAAGGCUUCGCUCAGGAGAUCAGUAAGGUGAAGCUGAGUGGCAGAGGAGGGCAGAAUGCAGACGUUGUGUGGACAGAAAGCGGUUUGCUCAUCACAGCAUCAGGAGAACUACACAUCAGGUUGUGGGAUGUGGAGUUGGAUGAUCAUUACGCUCUAUCACUGGAUGAAUCUCUGGGCUUUGAGAAAGGAGAACUGCUCAACUGUGUGUCUUUUUGCACUUCUAAACAAGUUCUUGCUGCAGGCACCAGCAGGGGUCGAGUUGCUCUGUGGCACAUGCUGACGGUGAGCGAUCAGAAAGGAGACUCCAAAACACAGUGGAAACUCCAGACACCAGCGGAAGUGGAAGGAAACGUCUCACAGCUACAGUGGGGUUCCAGCUCUCAUCUGUUAGCCGUGUGCAGCAGCAGUAGUGUGGUGAUCCUGUCGGAGCAUGUGAUGUGUUCUCAUUACAGCCAACAGAUGGCAGCAGUGCAGCUCACACCAACACAGCUCAGCCUGGCCAACUUCACCAGCAACACACACAUUACCUUCAACACAGACACACACAUCAGAGCCGUGCAGCUCACCAAGAAUAUGGUAGCGGUGUGGAAUGGGAAAAUGAUCACUGUUUAUGAGCCAUCAGGACAAACGUUACACAGCACAGGCUCAUUCCAGUGUGAGUCUCCUGCUCUUGCGGUGCAUGAAGAAAACAUUUAUACUGUAGAACCAAACCGCGUCCAGAUCCGCACACCACAGGGCACCGUGAAACAGUUGUUGGUGUUUUCUGAAGCGGAAGGAAACCCGACUCUGCUGAGUGUGUGUGGAUCUUACCUGGCUGUGGGAACAGAUACGUGUCACGUCAGAGUCUUUGACCUCACUCGCAGGGAGGCCAAACCCCUGGGUGUCACAAAGAACCUCUCGGAGCUGAUUUCUGACCUGGGUGCUCUGAGAUCAGUCAAAUGCAACGCCAGCGGAAGCCAGAUGAGCGUCCUUAUUACACAGAUAAACGGGCGGCCGGAUAACAAGGUAUAUUUCUAUGACAUCGAGCUGGACACGUUGUCUUACUUUGACUUCUUCACUGGGAGGCCAGAGAGCAGCCCUGAACAGUCUGAGGACAGUCAGAGAAGUCGCUUUGAAGAGGAGCUGGCCGCUCGAUGCCCUGUUUCUCAGUUCUGGGAUGAGAACGAGCCUCGUCUGUUUGUGUGUGAAACAGUGUCUGUUAACUCUGACCUCCACGACAGCAGGCAAAGACAAUCAGAGAAGGAGGAUGUGAUGGUGGUGACGUUCUUUGUGACGCAGGAACACGGUCUCCUCCUGCAGGACUCACAGCCUAAACCUGCAGCACUGCUCGGUCUGCUGGCUCUGGAUACACCAUACUACUAUUAUAUCUGCAAGCUGGGUGAGAGUGGAGAUCAGGGGUCUGUGGUCUCCAGCUCGCCCCAGGGUUCUUCAUCUCCUCAGAUGGUGGUGCGACGAGCUCUUCGAGACUUUGUUGGGCUGGAGAGCUGUGAGAAGCAAACCCGAGACGCCAUGCUGAACUUCAGCUUCUUCCUCACCAUAGGAGACAUGGAUGAAGCCUUUAAAGCCAUCAAACUCAUCAAGAGUGAGGCGGUGUGGGAGAACAUGGCUCGUAUGUGUGUGAAAAGUCGUCGUCUGGACGUGGCUCGUGUGUGUCUGGGAAACAUGGGAAACGCACGGGCAGCUCGAGCUCUCAGAGAUGCUGAAAAAGAGCCGGAGGUGGAGGCGCAGGUGGCUGUUCUGGCUACACAACUCGGCAUGCUGGAGGAUGCACAGCAGUUGUAUAAGUCGUGCGGGAGGUUUGAUUUACUCAACAAGUUUUAUCAGGCGGCGGGUCAGUGGCAGCAGGCGGUGGAGACGGCAGAAACACACGACCGCAUUCACCUCCGCACCACUUACUACAGCUACGCCAAACACCUGGAGGCCAUGGGGGACAAGAACCUGGCGCUGGUGUAUUUUGAGAAGUCGGACACACAUCGGUUUGAAGUUCCCCGAAUGUUAAUGGAGGAUAAUGUUUCACUGGAGAUUUACAUCAGUAAAAUGAAGGACAAGGAUCUGUAUAAGUGGUGGGGUCAUUAUCUGGAGAGCCAAUCAGACAUGGAGGCUGCGCUGCAUUAUUACGACUUAGCUCAGGAUUACCUGUCUCAAGUGCGCGUGCACUGCUACCUGGGAAACAUUCAAAAGGCGAGUGAAAUUGCCAAUGAAACUGGCAACAGGGCAGCAUCUUAUCAUGUUGCGCGGCAAUAUGAGGGACAGGAUGAAAUCAGCCAAUCAGUGCACUUCUAUACACGCGCACAAGCCUAUAAUAACGCAAUACGAUUGUGUAAAGAGAACAACCUGGAUGACCAGCUUAUGAAUCUGGCACUGCUUAGCAAUCCAGAGGACAUGAUGGACACAGCCAUGUAUUAUGAAGAGAAAGGAAAGCACAUGGACCGAGCGGUUAUGCUUUAUCACAAGGCAGGUCAUGUCUCCAAGGCUCUGGAACUAGCUUUUGCAACUGAACAGUUUGGAGCCCUGCAGCUGAUUGCAGAGGAUUUGAAUGAAGCCAGCGACCCUGCAUUAUUAGCACGCUGCUCAGAUUUCUUCAUAGAACACGCUCAGUAUCAGAAGGCAGUGGAAUUGCUGGUAGCUGCCAAAAAGUACCAUGAGGCGCUCCAGUUGUGUUUGGACCAGAGUUUGACCAUCACUGAAGAUCUGGCUGAAAGUCUGACGGUGCCGAAAGACUCAACUCUUAUGUCGGAGGCCGGGAGGAAAGAGCUGCUGGAAAAAAUCGCAGACUGCUGCAUGCGGCAGGGAAACUACCACCUAGCCACAAAGAAAUACACACAAGCUGGAAACAAGAUCAAGGCGAUGCGAGCGCUGCUGAAAUCGGGAGAUACGGAGAAAAUUGUCUUUUUCGCUGGCGUUUCCAGACAGAAGGAGAUUUAUGUAAUGGCAGCCAACUACCUGCAGUCACUGGACUGGAGGAACGACGCGGAGAUCAUGAAGAACAUCAUUAGCUUCUACACAAAAGGACGGGCACUCGAGCUGCUGGCUGGUUUCUAUGAGGCCUGUGCCGAGGUGGAAAUAGAUGAUUAUCAGAAUUAUGAGAAGGCUUACGGCGCUCUGACUGAGGCAUGUAAAUGUUUAACUAAAGCAAAAGGUCGCAGCGGAGAAGAGGCUGAUGGCAAACUGCUCAUACUGACUCACAGACUCGGACUUAUCAAGAGGUUCAUUCAGGCACGAAGAAUGCAUGAGGAGGAUCCGGUAGAAGCAGUGCGUUUGUGCGAGUCUCUGCUGGAAGAGAAGGAUCUGGAUCCAGCAGUGCGUGUUGGAGAUGUGUACGGCUUCCUGGUGGAACAUUACUGCCAUCAUGGCAACUUCACACAGGCAUGGAGUAAAAUAGAGGAAUUGAGAUCAACACAUCCCAAAAUAAACCUGAGCAUGUAUGUGAGUCAAAACAGUCUGGAGGCUUUACAAAAUGCUGCUGGAAUCCGCCUGGUCUACAAAGAUACCAACACACAUGCUGCUGCUGAUGACGAUGAAGAGGUGGAGGAAGAUGAAAACAUCAAUCAUUGACAACAAUUCCCACAAGACACUACAUCCAUUUCACACAAAAAAACACAACUAGUCUACUGAAGUCUCCCUAUCAAAUCUUGGUUUACUCCUCCAUUUUUCCUAAAAUGUGCCAUAUUUCUAUUGGACUGCCAGUCUAGCAGAUGGGAUGUUUUUGGUAGAUGAUGUGUGAUUUUGUUAAAGCCAUUUUGCAGGUUGCCUUAAGUAGAGUAGCUUGUUUGCCCAGAAUGCAUUUACAUAUUUGACGUGUGUGGCCUUUUAAUCAAGAAUGACACGGGACCACUAUAUUCGAGUCGUUUUGUACAAUUUACAAAUUAUUUAAAGACCAGACUUGUUCAACAAUCUUUGUAUCAUAUAUAUUGUACACAUUUUAAUAAAUAUUUUCUAUGUUUAUUUAA